CACCGUUGGUAACAAAACUCACGUUUCCCUCCUAACCACACCGGCCGGCCGGCCGCACAUCCCAUCUUCGUGCCAGGCAGCCGAGAGAGCUCCCGGUCUCUAGACUCACCGCAAUGGCGAGUGCACACCGAGCUGUCAUCGGCUUCCUCCUCGUCUUCCUCGCCUCACUUAGUGGUGCGGCUUCCAAGUCGUUCACCAUCACCAACAACUGCGAGUACACGGUGUGGCCGGGGAUCCUCUCCAGCGCGGGGUCCGCGGGGAUGGACGCCACGGGCUUCGCGCUCGCGCCACGGGAAUCUCGGGCCAUGCCCGUGCCGUCGGGGUGGUCCGGCCGCCUCUGGGGCCGCACGCUCUGCUCCACGGACGCAGGCACCGGCAAGUUCAGCUGCGUGACCGGCGACUGUGGGUCGGGAAAGCAGGACUGCGCUGGCGGCGGGGCGGCCCCGCCAGCGACGCUCGCCGAGUUCACCAUCGACGGCAGCGGCGGCAUGGACUUCUACGACGUGAGCCUGGUGGACGGGUACAACCUCCCGGUUCUGGUGGCGCCGCACGGCGCGGCGGGGGGCGGGAACUGCGCGCCCACCGGGUGCAUGCUGGACCUGAACCGCGCGUGUCCCGCCGACCUGCGCGUCGCGUCAACGUCCUCCCCCGGCGGCGGCGGCGUGGCGUGCAAGAGUGCGUGCGAGGCGUUCGGGUCCGCGGAGUACUGCUGCAGCGGCGACCACGGGAACCCCAGCACGUGCAAGCCGUCGGCGUACUCGCAGUUCUUCAAGAACGCGUGCCCGCGGGCCUACAGCUACGCGUACGACGACGCCACCUCCACCUUCACCUGCGCCGGCGGCGAUACCACCUACGCCAUCACCUUCUGCCCCAGCACCACCAGCGUGAAGGCGGACGGGGCUAGUCCGCAGGCGGCGGGGGACCUGCCGCUGAUGAACGACACCAUGGUGUACCUCGGCGCGGACCAGCUCAUCGCUGCUACCGCCACGGCACGGCCGCCGUCGAGUCUCCUGCAUGCCGUCCUCGCCGUCGCCGCCAUCGUGCUCGCAGGCGCUCUGUGCUGAUCAAAGGGUCGCGGGGCCACGCCACGAGACAAUCGUGCUCUUCAGCUCUUGCACGCUGAAAAAUGCUGAGCACAGGCGAAGUGGACGUGUCACCUGCCUGCCGGGUGAGGGGGUAGACACGGACUACGCGGGCCUCACCAACAGCCAGAUUCGCCCGUGCCGAAAGAGACGCGGCUGAAAUUGCACAGCGAAUUGGUUGAGACGUUAAGUAGUGCGUUUUCUUUGGUACUUAGCACGAAAUUACACACAUAUUGAUAUUGUAGUGGUUGAGUUAUUUUAUAUAGAAUAGAUUCUUUUCGGUAACUUAUCAUAGGAGGGAUUCUUUUUCUCACUUUAUUUUGUAAGUGGAUAAAGGAACAUCUAUUGUGCCCGGAGACAGAGCAGGUCCGAGGUCUCAAUCGAGAUGGGAACUUGGAAUUUUGUGGACGUGUACACGAUAUACAGGAAAUUUUGGUCGAUGUACCGGAAAUUCAGGAUAUAUGUUUGAUAGUGAA